AUGCACAACACGGCGUCGAUGGUCGGAUGGUCUGCGCAGCCCUUUGUCGGCGUUUCUUUUAAUUACCGGAUCGGCGCCCUGGGCUUUCUGCCAUCCUCGACCACUGCCAAAGAAGGCGUGCUGAAUCUCGGUCUGCAUGACCAGCUACUGCUGCUACAAUGGGUCCAGGAUAACAUUGCCUCGUUUGGGGGCGAUCCGUCGCAGGUGACAUUGUUUGGUGUCUCGGCCGGCGCGCAUUCGAUCGCCCACCACAUCAUGAACACCGACCUCCACCACUCCCUCUACCACCGCGCCAUCAUCGAAUCCGGCGCCGCCACCUCGCGCGCCGUGCACUCAAUCGACUCGGCUCUCCACGAGGCCCAAUUCCGACAAUUCGUGGAAGCCUCGCACUGCGACAACCUCCCGGACAACGAGAUCUUCCCCUGUCUCCGUACCCAACCCAUCGACCUCAUCUCCAACGCCUCCUCCACCGUCUUCGACCGCUACAACCCCUCCGUCCGCUGGGCCUUUCAACCCGUCAUCGACCACGAACUCAUCAAGCGCCUGCCCAUCGACGCAUGGCACUCGGGUGACUGGAACAAAAUGCCCAUCCUGACGGGCUUCAACACGAACGAAGGAACCUACUACGUGCCGGUGAACAUGAGCACGGCGCCGCAAUUCAGAGAUUUCUUCCAUACCUUGCUCCCCGCAUAUACAGAGCAAGAUCUGGAUACCAUCGACGCGCUGUAUCCGGAUCCUGCAACCUCCCCGGCUUCCUCGUCACCGUAUAAAGAGACGAGACCGAUUGCUGUAGGAGCGCAAUAUAAACGCGUCGAAGCAGCAUACGGUCACUACGCUUAUGCCUGUCCUGUGCGACAAACCGCACAUUUUGCUUCUUUGGACCCGGGGAGUAACGAGAAUCCUGUGUUUUUGUAUCGCUGGGCACUUAACAAGACCGUCCAGGGAGGUGCGAAUCACGCGGACCAGUUACCCUACGAGGCGUAUGACGCGGAUGUUCGGGGUCUGUCCGAAGCGCAGGAGGAGGUGGCGGGACAGUUGCAUGCGUAUUUCACGUCGUUUAUUGUGACUGGGGAUCCGAAUGCUAUUUCUGGACGGUUUCCGGAUAGGCCAAGGUGGGAGAGAUAUGUGGGUGAGCAGGGGAAAGGGAGGGUGAUGGUGUUUGGGGAAGGGAAUGAUGAGAGAGCUGGAGGGACUGGGAGAGGCGUUGCGGCGAAGGUUGUGGAUGAUGAGUGGAGUCGGAGGGAGUGUGAGUUUUGGUGGACGAAGGCGGGGGUAUCAGAUUGA